AUGGCCAUCAGUCCAGCAGGCGUCCGGCUAUCAAUAUGGAUGGCCGUGUUUACGCUCGUUACCACCGGCGUGAUCGCCAUGCGAGUCUGGGCCCUCCAUUUAACACGCAAGAGCCUCCAUCUCGCCGACUACCUCGUCAUCGUCGCCUAUAUCAGCACCGUCGCCAUGGUCGGCCUCAACUACUGGGCGAUUAUCAACGGGCUAGGUGCGCAUACCAAGACUCUCUCUGAAAGUGAACUCCACGUGCAACUCAAGAUGAUCGUCGGCGUUAGUAUGACCUGGCUAGUCGGCACGGUGUGCUGUAAACUGUCCAUUCUCGCCCUGUACACGACUCUCUUCCGUACUUUUCGCCCUAUCCGCAUUCUUGUCUGGGUGGUGAGCGGAAUGGUGACUGCCUACUUUAUCGCGUUCGUCCCGGUCUUCCUUACGCAGUGCCAUCCCAUUUCGUAUCAGUGGCACCCGGUGCCGGGUGGCUCCUGUCGAGAUUUGGAGGUUCAGGAAAUUGCGUCCAUUUCUAUGAACAUCGUUUUGGAUUCAAUGAUCGCCUUACUACCCCUCCCUGCAAUCUGGCGACUGCGCAUGCCAAUCCAGAACAAAAUCACCAUCGGAAUUAUGUUCGGAAUGGGCCUCUUCGUCGUCGCGGUAAUGGUAUGGCGCCUAAUUCUAACCCUCGACCCGGCAACAGCUGCCGACUUCGUAAAAGGCCUCUACAUAAUCGGCCUCGUCAGCCUCCUCGAACUCUGGCUCAGCAUGAUCGUCGUCAGUCUCCCGGCCCUCGCCCCACUCUUCCGCCACUACAUCGAGCCUCUUUACGCCAACAAACAGCCGCGGGCGGGCCGAUUGCACGAAGCGGAACAUACGAUCGGGAGUGACCCGCCGCGCAAGAGGACGGGAGAAUCUCUCUAUUCGGAUAUUGAGAUGGGGAGGAGCUAUUACUCUGCGCAUGUGAAGACGGGGGUGAGUUCGUCGCAGAGUGAAGGGGAGGAUACGGUUGGUCUUGUCAGGAAUAUGCAGCCUAAUGCAAUUGAGAUGAGGAGAGAAGUUGUUGUUCGGGAGGGGGAGGGUGGAAGUAGGUCUGAUCCGAAGAGUCAGGUCUAG